CUGAGUCAGCCUUAAGUGUCCUGUGGAUCUGUACUGCCUAAAGGAAAAUAAAAUGGGGUCAGGGAAUGGUUCUAAGAAACCAGAGGAAAAGGAGUUAACAUAUACACUGAUUCUUGCAGUGUUCACAGCAGUGCUGGGAUCGUUACAGUUUGGAUAUGGCAUUGGUGUUAUUAAUGCUCCACAAGAGAUAAUAGAGCGACACUAUAAUCUUAUAAUUCUUGGAAGUGAGAACAUAAACGUGUCUGAAAAACUCAGUGCAACUGAACCUUCAUUUGUACCAAAAGAUGCCUCAGUUACCAUGUACUGGUCACUAUCUGUGUCUAUAUUUUGCAUUGGUGGAAUGAUAUCUUCAUUCUUCGUAGGAGUGAUAGCAGAUAAACUUGGCCGAAUUAAGGCAAUGUCUGUUGUGAAUGCCCUUGCAUUAAUUGGAGCUCUGCUGAUGGGUUUAGCAAAGCUUGGACCUUCACAUAUAAUGGUUAUUGCUGGUCGUGCAGUCACUGGUCUUUACUGUGGACUGUCAUCAGGGUUGACUCCGAUGUAUAUUGGAGAGGUGUCUCCCACAAAACUAAGAGGGGCUCUUGGAACUCUGCAUCAGCUGGGUGUUGUAACUGGCAUUCUUAUAAGUCAGAUCAUUGGUUUGAAAUUUCUUCUUGGCACUGAAACUCUAUGGCCACUUCUGCUUGCCUUGUCAGGAGUACCAUCUAUUCUUCAGAUAAUUCUCCUUUUUUUCUGUCCAGAAAGUCCAAGGUAUUUGUACAUCAAAUGUGGAAAGAAAGAAGCAGCUAUAAGAAGUUUGAAAAGACUCAAGGGAAACUGUGAUGCAGAAAAAGAUCUUAAAGAAAUGGAGAAGGAGAAGAAUGAGGCAGCGAAGGAGAAGAAAGUAUCCAUCAUACAGCUUUUCCGUUCUCCUAAUUACCUACAGCCCAUCAUUGUCUCGAUGAUGCUUCACUCUGCCCAGCAGUUCUCGGGAAUUAAUGCUAUCUUUUACUACUCUACCAGUAUAUUUGAAAAAGCUGGGAUUGCGCAACCUGUUUAUGCGACAAUUGGAAUUGGUGCAGUAAAUACAGUUGCCACAGUUGCUUCUAUAUUUCUUGUGGAAAAAGCAGGAAGGAGAUGCCUGUUCUUAGCUGGAUUGAGUGGUAUGACAGUAUGCUCAGCAGUAAUGACCCUCGGACUUGCCUUGCAGAGUACCAUUCCUUGGAUGAGUUACAUAAGCAUGUCUGCAAUCUUCCUGUUUGUAAUUCUGUUUGAGAUUGGACUUGGACCAAUACCUUGGUUUAUCGUUGCUGAACUGUUCAGUCAGGGAGCCCGUCCAGCAGCCAUGGCUUUAGCAGGAUUCUGUAACUGGACCUGCAACUUCAUUGUUGGCAUGUGCUUCCAGUAUGUCGCGGAGCUGUGUGGGCCUUAUGUCUUUAUCAUAUUUGCUGUGUUGCUGCUCGGCUUCACUAUAUUUACAUAUUUUAAAGUACCAGAAACAAAAGGAAAGACUUUUGAAGAAAUUGCAGCAGAAUUCAAACGCAAAAAGCAUUUUUCUACUAUAGUCUCCAAAACUGAGACUGAAAUGGAGUACCUUGGAGGAAGUACAGAUGCUUAACAGACUCAGAGCACAACAAAGUGACUUUCAAAAUUGUCAUCUGAUUAUGCUACAAGUGAUUUUUUUUGAACUGGGCAUCUCUGAUACAGUCAGUGAAGGUGAGAAAGUACAGUGUGUGUUAUAUUGAUCUGAUUACUGAGAGAGAGAGAGAGAGAGAGAGAGAACCUCUGCUAAGGAUUCAAGCAAGUGGAACCAGGAUCACUUUGUAGCUGAAAAUGCAGUAUUUUACAUCAUAUUUUAAUGUUCUUGUUUUUAAGACCAACAUUAACAAAAGACGCAUGUGGGUCCAACUAUCUUAAUACUAAGUUUGUAUAAAAGAUUCCUCUUUUAAAAUAAGUCUAACAGAUUGCAACCAUUAACAGAUUUGUAUGGUUACUUACCCAUUCGUGCACACAGUUAUCUGCUACUUUAAAAAUAACAUUUUUGAAUUACCACAAUUGUGUCAGCAUUAAAAAGUAAUGCUGUUGUUUGAUGCCAUGCCAGUUGCGUAUGCAGUCAUUACUCCAUAAGAAGUGCACCCCCACAAAAAUGUAGAAGAGAAACUGUUCUCCUUUUCUGAAAAUAAGAUCUUUGCAACUCAAUUGGCACCAUGGAGAAAAUGAGGGAUGAUGCAUUCUGAGGCUGCAUUAUAAUUAGGGAAAUGCUAGAGAAACUAGUUUACAUUGUAAUGGCAACAGAACAGUAACUGUAUAUGUGCAGUAAGAUUGGACAAAACCAAAGGAUAAGCCAUCUGCAGGCACUGGGUAACUAUAAAUGUACAUCUGCAUAUAGACUGUUCGAUGUCUUAUACAGCAAGGCUGACUACAUUGCAUUUUCAGAGUCUUCAAUAUAUAUAUAAUGGCAGUAGAAAACCCAUUGAUGUGGGAAAAAGUAAGGUAAAAGUUUCAGCAUGGGUUUUUUUCCUCCAUGCCAAGACUUUUGUGCAGUACAUGUUUUAUACAGUACAUGUUCUUUUUAAUAGAUAGGCAUCCAUGGACUGAUGCAGGCUAUGUGGUAAAACAGAAGCUCUUAGCAUUUCUAAACAACUCUGAAAAAGUUAUGAAUUCAAAGUAUGAGUAAGUAAAAAUUAUUUCUGUGUCACAGUAUUAGCUGUUAUUACCAAUACUGACAGCAGCCACACACGUCAUGAUAAAGUACACAAUAGUUAGCAGGAGGAAAAAAAAGUUUAUUUUUGUGUCAGUUGUAUUUCACAUAAUCAUGUCAAUUAUUUAUUACGCAGUAAAAGAAUUUCAACCAGUUGAAACAAAGUUUACAGUAUAUUCAAUGAAACAGGAUAUAAAGCCUCAUUUGCAUAUUCCCUUUUCAAAGAUCCCUUUGCUGUCCUCUCAGCUGUACCUGUUUUGAUGAUAUGUUCCUACCUUCGGCCAUGAUGUACCCCUUCUCACCAUAUUCUAAGUAACUGUACCUGUUUUGGAGUUAUGUUCCUACUUUUAGUCAUGAUUUACCCAUUCUCACAUUUUUCUGAGUAACUGCACCUAUUUUGGAGGUAUGUUCCAAAGUUCAGGCAUGAUUUAGCUCCCUUCCCAUGAUUUUCGGAAUAACUGCACCUAUUUUGCAGGUAUUUUUCUAUUAUCAGGCUUGACAUACCCUUUCACACAAAUUUCCCUCUCCCUCCACAUCACACAUGAUUUUGAAUACAUAUGAAACCAGAGCAGAUGACCAAUAUAUUGAUAGCACGAAUAAUUUAAAGAAAGAGGGCUAACUUAUUCUUUAUCCCCUUUUUUGGAAGCAAAAAUAAUUGACUUAGUGAUGCAUAUUUUUAAAGUCUGUAGAUUUUAUACUGUCUUUAAUAAUAUACUUAGAUGUUUGCAUUAUUUUAUUACUCAUUUUUUAAAUGUGUUUAUGACUAGUAUUGUACAAUCCUGCUGGAAGUGGCAGAAAUUAUAAGAUAUUUGAUAUGCACAUUGUAUCCUACGUAGGUGUUCAUUUUUAUUUGUUAUUACUAUUUUGGGUGGGGGCUACAUGUACCUACUUUUCAAGGGUCUAUGUAUCUAUUUGUAAUGUCUGCAAGUUGAGAAGUAUGUUCCUUCUGUUUAUAUGUCGUAAAAGGGAAUAUCUGCACAGUGUGUUUGCAAUUUACCUGUUUUAUUUAUGUUCUUAUCAUCUCAGUCAGUUUUACACAGUGUAUUAUAUAGUUUCUAAAUUAACUCAGCCAUUGUUAACCUUGUUUGUCUUUCCUUUGUCUGAUGUAUAAAAAUGCCUCUUUUUCAGUAUUCUUAGUAUAUAUUUAUAUGUGUUCUACAAGUAUCAUUCUGAUGGAUGUACUCUAUAAAACUCCCUUAUUGUCUGUCACUUUUGUGUAUCUUUUAUUAAUCAUUUUUGAAGGUUUCCUUUUGAACUGCCUUAUUUCUGUAUGCCCUAGGGAUUCUUCUGAGAAGUACAAGAUGUAACAGGUGUGUGCAUGCAGAAAAAUAAAAUGCCAUUAGUUUUUCUUUUCCGGCAUUCCCCUUAACAUAUAUUAUUUGACAAGGUGGUCUAGCUAAAACAGCAGUUGAAGAAAUAAUGUCACCUAUACAAAUGUAUAACUUUUUAUUUUAAAAUAAAUAAUAUUUGUAUCUUU